AGCGGUGCGGGUGGGUCCCUCUCUUAGCACCCCGUCAGUGGCGCUUUGGCGGUGAUGUCUCUGUGGUUAAAGAAGAAGUAACACUAUGCCUGUAGCCAGCGUGCCUGUCCGGGACGUCUCCGUGCAUACCCGUCUGCUCCAGCAGUAUCUGCACCUCCUGAAGAAAUACCCCAUCCUCACCAAGUCUGUGACCAGUGGCAUCCUCUCUGCACUAGGAAAUCUUCUGUCUCAGGUUUUAGAGCGAAGAAAAAAGGCCAGAAAUGGAUCAACAGUCGGUGAGAUCGAUGCAGCCGGAGCCACACGCUAUGCCAUUUAUGGGCUGUUUAUAACGGGACCCGUCAGCCAUGUCUUCUAUCAGCUGAUGGAGGUGUGGAUGCCCACCACAGACCCGUACUGUAUCAUUAAACGUCUCCUCCUGGAUCGGCUCUUUUUCGCCCCUGGCUUUUUGCUCCUCUUCUACUUUGUUAUGAACAUUCUGGAGGCUAAAGGAUGGGGAGACUUUGAGAAAAAGAUGAGAAACAGCUACUGGACUGCUCUGAAAAUGAACUGGAAAGUGUGGACCCCCUUCCAGUUUAUAAAUAUCAACUUUGUGCCCGUUCAGUUCAGAGUGCUGUUUGCCAACAUGGUUGCCUUAUUUUGGUAUGCCUACCUUGCAUCGGUGAGAAAGUGACGCUGAGAGAGUUCAUCGCCGGAAACAAACAUGAAGUAAACUGUUCCUGAGUGCCACGGAACUUGGAUAACACAACCUGGACGUUUACUGUAUUUCUGUGAGCGUGUCUCAAAUGCGACAUUCAACACAGGAUUUCCUGAUUACUCAAAUUGUGGCAACAAAAGAGGAAAUCAAAAGAUGUUUGUGCUAAAAUACUAAAAUCAUAAGUCUUGAAUUACAUCGAUAAGAUCUUGUCUGAUAAAUAAAAGAAUUACAUGUUUUUUAGACAUUCAGUGCUAAAGCAAGCCUCUCAUUUCUACUGGUUAUAAUCUGUAGCAGACAUGUGACUUCUGGACUGACAAAUGACAGGAAAAGUCAUGUUGAUUCAGGCAAUAUUUUAUUACAACAUUUGUCAUAACAAAAUUAUAACGUGCUUUUUGUACACAUUAACAGGUGCCACAUUUUGUAAUACACAAGAGGAAUGUGCUGGUUUAUUUGUUCAAAAUCAAACUGCUAAUAAAUAAAUGACACUGAUUGUUAU